UUUCUGUUCCUCACCAUCCCUGAAACGUGGUUGCCAGAUGGACUGGGAAUAAAUUGUUUACUCCAUUUUGUGAUCGGAUGUACCUUCGGCAACAUCGAGUAUGCAAGGAUUAUCAAGAAGUCUGGUAAAGCAUGUACCGUACUUGUUGGAAUUGCUGAACAGUUAGCUGCAAUACACAAUAAACCUCAUACUUUGGUUAAAGUUUGUGACUACCUACCAGGAUCUUAUUUUUAUCUUUGUAAGAUUCUUUUCAACUUCUGGGGAGAUUCUAUUAUUGAAAAACUGAGUAAACAACAGACUCCUGAUGUGGUGUGUUACAGUCUUGGUAUAUGUCGUGUUGACGAUGGACAGAACUAUUGUCAUCUUUUUCCAGAGCCAAAGAUUGGAAUGGCUAGAGCUACUGAAAAAUCCAGACUAAAAACCAAAGUGCAGCCAUUUUUUCACUGGUCUUUGGUGCAAUCAUUGUCCUCCCCGUGUGAUUUGCCUGGAAUAAGACGUGUAUGUGAUUCUUUAAACCUCUUUAAAAAGAACCUUAAUCCUUCUGUUGACCUUGAUAAAGACAAGCACAGCACAAUUCAGGUUUUACGAGGAAGUGUCUGGAGAGGCAUGGACUGCAAUGAUUUCGAUGAUGCUGUUUAUCCAGGACGAAAGCCACUAAAGGAAGAUAUCGAGACGGAUUCCAACUGUAAUGGUAUUUAUGGUAUUGAUACUGACAGUGGCUAUCCUUACGAGACUUCUCUCUGUGAAGGCACAGACCAGAGAGGAAUAAUCUACAUUGGAGAUUCAGUAGGUGCACACUUCCAUAUUCCUUCUGAGUGGAUUACACCAGCAGAAAUAACUCCGGGUAUUUUUGAACACAUCAGUUUUAUCUUGGCCAAUGAAUUUGACUGGCCUCAUCUUUCGUUUGCUACAGGUUACAUGGACUCGAACUGGCCACAAGCCAGAUCUAAAGUGGAUUCUUUGUACUGGAGAUUGCACACAAGAAACAGAUGCAAUCACAGAGAUUAUCAAAACCUCAGUUUCAAUGGAGCUAAUUCAUCAACUAUUCUGCACUGCAUCAAAAGUAUAUCUCGCUCACGAACUACUGACUAUCCAGCUAUUGUCUUUUAUGCAUCAAUGGGAAAUGAUGUUUGUUUGAGUUAUAUGGAGUCUCCAGCUGAUUGGAUUACUAAAGAAAAGUUCAAACAGAAUGUGGUGAGAACCCUUGAGGAAUUGGAUGAAAUCCUUCCAAAGGAUAGCCAUGUGAUCCUUGUCGGUCUAGUGAAUGGAAGUUUCAUUUAUCCAUCAAUGGCCCAUCGUAUUCAUCCCAUAGGCCAACUACGUGGUGAUGUCGCGUAUUCGGAUAUCUACAAAUGGCUCAAUUGCAUGCAGAUUGGGCCGUGUUUUGGAUGGAUGAAUGACAAUAGUACAUGGAGAAAUGCUACUACAAAAAAAGCUCAGGAACUAACGAAUGUGCUGCAAGAUUUAUCUUUAACUUAUUCUGCACAAUCCUUUAAAUUGUAUUUCCUGGAAAACCCUAUUUCAAAAGUUAUUAAAACGUGGGAAGAGAAUGGUGGUGAAAAGUGGCAGCUAUUAGAACCAGUGGAUAGUCUUCAUCCAGCACAGGAAGCUCAGCCUCUAUUAACGAACAUAUUAUGGGAAGAGCUGGAAAGUAGAUAUCCUGAGGUCCUGGGUAAAGAGAACUUGAAUAAUGCUAAAAUAGAACAACUAUUUGGAGAACAGAAUGGACAUUGAUUUGUUCUUCUUUUGUUAUAUUU